AUGCCGCAGGCACAGAUUCGAAAGACACAACGAAAUCCUAAGUUAUGGAUUGCUGCAUUGGUAGCAGCUUCCAUAGUGACAAUAUCGUACAAGGUGUAUUCCAGCUACAUUGCAGAGGAGAAUAUUGAAGAUAAGAAAACAGAAGGAGAUGGAGGGGUCGAGGAGAAGUUAAGAAUUGCCAAAAGGUACACCAAGAAGUCGAUUGCGUUGACGUUAUCACACUCGGUACUUAGCUCACAAUUGCCCUUGAACGAGAUUUUGCUCAAUUCGGAGAAUGUUACAUUCAUAUUACCGCCAAACUUGUCGAUGGACGACUUGGUUUGCAACAUUGGUAACGCAGACGAGGUUGAGAGAUAUAAUUUACCCAAGACAUUGUUGAACAAUUACAAAUUACUCCAUUGUAGUAAUAUCGACGGAUAUUUCAACAUUUUGAAGAACUUAAAGCCGGACACAUUGCUCGUUUGUUCGGAAGAUUUGGGGAUAGCGAACAAUGUGCCUAGAGACUUACAUAGGUUUGUGAAGGAGAUUAUUAACAUCGAUCAGAAUAAAGAUGAUAUUUACAAGAAGUUAUCGUCGAUAUUCAUCAAAUAG